CAACACGGGAGGAUGCUACGAUAAAGUACCCUCACAGGACUAGUUAGUAAGUGAGUUAAGUAUCAGUAGUAACAGUGGGGUCAGUCAGGUGUUUGGGAGGUCACGGAGGUAGUGGAGCUGGAUGUAUGAGAAGGAUUCAUGGGCCUGAAGGACCAUCUGGAGGAUGGGACAGGCCACAUCCUCAGCCCAGGGCUGGAUCUGGACUACCUACACGUGGAAGGUGCUGAACGGCAGGCUGGGAAUUUAGGAGCGGGUGUCACUGUUAAAAGCAGCAAUACUGCUGGUAGCAGAGGCAUUAGCUCUAUCAUUCAUUCAAGCAGCAGUAGCAGUUGCAGUAACUUUUCUGAAGAGAGUGCUAUCUCUGACAGUGAAGAUGAAAGGCUCCAGACCGGGUCUGGUUCUGACUCUAAAACACCGCACCACGAUCAGCUUCACCUACACCAAAGGGAGGAGUCCUCAGUCUUUCAGCCAGUCAGGCUGGACCUGGCACCAAAUACAUCUCCUGGAGACCCCCCGGAAACAUCUCUGACUGACCCCAUCACACACUGCCGCACGAAGGUGGAGUUCGCUCUCAAACUAGGCUACCCCGAAGAGCUAGUGUUGCUGGUCCUGAGGAAACUAGGCCCUGACGCACUUAUCAAUGAUAUACUGGGAGAGCUGGUUAAACUGGGAACCAAAAUAGAGAUGGAUCAGCAAGGAGGUCAAGCUGUCUCACAGUCUCCCUCGUCCUCUUUGUCCUCCACCUCCAACUCCUCUCUGGAUUCUUCUCGGCUACUGUGCCGGUCCCACCUGCUAGAAGACAAAGAAAACCUGCGACCUGUUGUUGUGGAUGGAAGCAAUGUAGCCAUGAGUCAUGGGAACAAGGAAGUUUUUUCCUGCCAAGGUAUCAAGUUAGCAGUUGAUUGGUUCUUGGAGCGAGGCCACCGUGACAUCACAGUGUUUGUCCCUGCUUGGAGAAAGGAGCAGUCGCGACCUGAUGCUCUUAUCACAGACCAAGAGAUCCUGCGGCGUCUGGAGAAAGAAAAGAUCUUGGUUUUCACUCCAUCACGACGCGUUCAGGGACGUCGUGUGGUUUGCUACGAUGACAGAUUCAUCGUCAAACUGGCCUACGAGUCAGAUGGUAUAAUUGUUUCAAACGACAACUACCGUGACUUAGCAAAUGAGAAGCCAGAGUGGAAGAAAUUUAUAGAUGAGCGCCUGCUGAUGUACUCGUUUGUAAAUGACAAAUUCAUGCCACCUGAUGACCCGCUGGGACGCCAUGGACCUAGUCUUGAGAAUUUCUUGAGAAAGAGGCCUGUUAUUCCUGAACAUAGAAAGCAGCCAUGUCCUUAUGGAAAAAAGUGCACAUAUGGCCACAAGUGCAAGUUUUAUCACCCUGAAAGGGGUAGUCAGCCCCAGCGAGCUGUGGCAGAUGAACUCCGUGCCAGUGCCAAAAUUUCAUCAGUAGCUUCAAGAGGCCUGCUGGAACAUGCCCUGAUGGCGAAGAGCCAAAAAAAUGGUCAAUCAGAAGGAAUGGCUGAGGCCCCGCUGAUUCGGGAUACCGGAAAGAAACAGCCAAAUCGGAGCCUUCAGAGCUCCUUCAGUGAGCUCUCAGAGGACAAAACUCAGGUCAGUUCCAAAGUGGAGGAACAGAGGAGAAACAGCAGUCUUAGUGGCAGCUGUAGCAAUAACAUUGUAGCACAUCCUGCUCCAGGGGGACCGCCUUCAUCGGGACAUCUGGAAAGAUGGGAACACCCUGCUGGAAGUACUGGAUGCAGCUCCGGUAUUGCCGGGGCUUCAGGACCAAACAAAGCUGAAUCUUAUUACAGAUGCAGUUCUCCAGUGGUGGGCUACAACUCUGUGGUAAAGGCUUAUUCGGGACUCAGUCUUGUAGUGCCACAGACUCCUGAAUGCUUCUUUCCAGGUGAGCUCGGCACAAGUUCACUGGCUUCAGAUUGUAGCAGUGAAAGCAGUGUCAGCUCAGAUUCUUUCUCUCCUGACCCCGUGUUAGAUGAUAGCCCCAAGUGCCAUCACCAUCAUCCCCACCACCACCACCAUCAUCAUCACUACUCUGGCCAGUACCCUCACCAGGCAAGCCGUGUUUCUCCUAGUCUGAGCCAGCAUUCUCCUCGUGGCUAUGUCCAUCCUCAAGGACUUUGGAGACAACGUGAUUUUGGCAUAGAAGAUACUCCAGCAUCUGGCGCCUCUCGCAUUUCGCCACAUCACGUCAACACUGCUUCUGUCUACAUCCAACCCCAGCAACAGCUUCAGCUGCUCGCCAAUUUUCCAGGGGAACCACCUCAUCCACAACAUCCACCCCAAACACCCACUACUCAUGCCCGGUCUCAGAGCUUCCCUCGAGGCCACAAUAUGGUGGGCUCCCUUUGGCCGGAACAUGGGCUUCAGGACAGAGUGUGUGAAGGCUCACCAGUUCAUUCUAGAAGAAACUACUCUGUGCGAACCCAACAACCUCAGCACCAGCAGAACUGGGACCCUAAUUAUGAGCCACCCCCUAAGCCUUACUAUGAUCUGUUUUCCUAUAAGAGUUUUCCACAAGUCCAUGGACACUCUCCUUGGGGCCAGCAAGUUCAUUCAUCACCACAUGGCCUUUUAAUACCAGGUCUUCCAUCGCUUUCACAGCAGUCUCUUCCAUCUGUCCCUACCCACAAGAGCCACAUGCCCUCAGCAACCCAGCACGCAAAGCCAACUGCCUUGGGUCGAUACCAGGACCUUAGGGAGAGGGUGUUUGUUAACUUGUGCGGCAUCUUCCCUCCAGAUUUGGUGAGGAUGGUAAUGACCAGGAACCCACAUGUGACGGAUGCUCAGGAGCUUGCAGCUGCCAUUUUAAUGGAGAAGUCACAGCACAGCUCUUGAAUAAACACAGU